GAGCCCCGCGGGGCGAGCAACCUCCGGAGCGGCAGGUUCCUCCUUCGCCACCGCGGGGGCGGGAAGGUGCCUCUCCAGGCAGCCGGCGAGGGGAAGCGCUUCCUCGGUGCCUGCAAGCCACCUCAAGGCAGAUAGAUGUGCGCUCUGCACGCACGCCCGAUUGGCCACCAUGAACACGCUAGCGAUGGAGAAUCUCGGCGACCUCCACGGGGUGAACCAUGAGCUGGGCCCCACAAGCGCCGAUCUGAUCAGCAGCCGCAGCCCCCACCUCCACCCCCACACCGGUGGCUCUCUGGCCCAUCGCAGCAGCAGCAGCAGCAACCCUUUGGUGCAUCCCGCUCGCUCCAUGGGCAUGGCCUCCAUUCUGAACGCGGGAGAGUACCCGCCUCACCCGCACCACCACCGGAGCCCCACGGAGCACCCGUUGGGCGGGCCACUGCACCCCACCAUGACCAUGGCUUGCGAGACACCCCCCGGCAUGAGCAUGAGCAGCACUUACACCACCCUCACGCCUUUGCAGCCGCUGCCGCCCAUCUCCACCGUGUCGGACAAGUUCCCCCAUCACCACCACCACCACCCUCACCAACGGCUGGCAGGCAACGUGAGUGGCAGCUUCACCCUCAUGCGCGACGAGAGGAGCCUGGCCACUUCCAUGAACAACCUGUACUCGCCCUACCGCCCCAAGGAUGUCAGCGGCAUGGGGCAGAGCCUCUCUCCGCUCUCCGGCUCUGGUCUAGGCGGGCUCCACAGCGCCCAGCAAGGGCUCCCUCAUUACGCUCACCCUGGGGCUACCAUGCCCGCCUCGGAGAAGAUGCUCAACCCCGAUGGCUUCGAAGCCCAUCACUCUGCCAUGUUAGUCAGGCAGGGCGACCAGCACCUCCCCCCUACCUCUGCCGGCAUGGUGCCCUUCCACGGGAUCCCGCACCACCCCCAUGACCACCUGGGCGCCCAGAGCCAGGGACGGAUUUUGGGCUCCGGCUCCAGGGAACCCCACCCGGGAGUCGCGGCCUCUCAGGUCAGCAGCGGGGGCGCUUCAGGGCAAAUGGAGGAGAUCAAUACCAAAGAGGUCGCCCAGCGGAUCACCACCGAGCUCAAGCGCUACAGCAUCCCUCAGGCCAUCUUUGCCCAGCGAGUCCUCUGCCGCUCCCAGGGAACGCUCUCGGACCUGCUGAGGAACCCCAAGCCCUGGAGCAAACUCAAAUCCGGUCGGGAGACCUUUCGGAGGAUGUGGAAAUGGCUCCAGGAGCCGGAAUUCCAGCGGAUGUCGGCGCUCAGGCUGGCAGCUUGCAAACGGAAAGAGCAAGAACAUGGGAAGGACAGAGCUAACACUGCCAAGAAACCCAGGCUGGUCUUUACAGAUGUCCAGCGUCGAACUCUACAUGCAAUAUUCAAGGAAAAUAAGCGCCCUUCCAAAGAUUUGCAAAUCACAAUUUCACAGCAAUUGGGUCUGGAGCUCAGCACUGUCAGUAACUUUUUCAUGAAUGCACGGAGGAGAAGUCUAGAUAAAUGGCAAGAUGAGGGCAGCUCUAAUUCAGGCAGCUCAUCAUCUUCAUCAAGCACUUGUACCAAAGCAUAAAGAAUUGACCACAA